AUGGCAAGAUUUUGCAAAAGCUUGUUUUGGCGUUCAGAUGCUGGCGCGGUUCAGAAUACAUUGGACACCAUGGUAGACAGUGUGAACGCGACCACGGAACUAAUCCAGCGGAAGCACAACCAAUAUGUUAUGGAGCGCAAGUCGUUCCAGACUGAAAUGGAAGUUACUGGAAGGAUUUCAGUAGAGCCAACUGAAGACCUGCGUUCCACUCGGCUUAAAUCUGUCAGCACCGAGGAUAUGCAAAAAGAGCUCGUCAAAUUGAAAGACGAUCAGAAGCAAAAUGCAGUAACAGAUACCUUAGCUGCCUUGGUUUAUGACAUCGAUGCAACAGCUGAAGUGCUACGACGUGGAUCGCUGAAGAAAAAGAAAAAAAUCAUCGGAGAGGUCAGCACAUUGAGUGUGUUUUAUUAG